UUUUGUCAUGCGUUAGAUACCAGUCCUUUACCGUGUGCACUGUCAUUCCCUCGUCUCUUUCAACUUUUCCAGCAUGUCACGAAGAUACGAUACCAGGACAACUAUCUUCUCGCCGGAAGGGCGGUUAUACCAGGUCGAGUAUGCUAUGGAAGCAAUCGGCCAUGCAGGGACUUGCCUCGGCAUCCUAGCCAAUGAUGGUAUAGUGCUGGCAUGUGAAAGACGAAACACAAACAAACUGCUAGAUGAAGUCUUCCUAUCAGAAAAAAUCUACAAACUUCACAAGGACAUGGCGUGCAGUGUAGCUGGUAUUACCUCUGAUGCUAAUGUAUUGACUAAUGAACUGAGACUUAUUGCUCAAAGAUACGAGUUGCAGUACCAGGAGCCUAUUCCUUGUGAGCAGAUGGUCAGCUCGUUGUGUGACCUUAAACAAGCUUAUACUCAAUUUGGAGGUCUGCGUCCAUUUGGUGUGUCAAUUUUGUACGUCGGUUGGGACAAGCAUUUUGGCUAUCAGUUGUACCAGAGUGACCCUAGUGGGAACUAUAGUGGUUGGAAGGCAACUUGCAUUGGUAACAAUAGUGUGGCUGCUGUGUCUCUACUGAAGCAAGAAUACAAAGAAGACGAGAUGAGCCUUAAAGAUGCACUCACUCUGUCAAUAAAAGUACUGAGCAAGACCUUAGAUGUGACCAAAAUUACCCCAGAUAAAGUGGAGAUAGCCACACUGACACGAGAGAAUGGGCAAACUCAGCUCAAGAUCCUGAUAGCCAAGGAAGUAGAGGAACUGAUUAAGAUCAAUGAGGAGGAGACUAAAGCAGAGGAGGCCAAGAAGACUGCUGCUGCCAAGAAAUGAGCUUCUUCUACAUCACUUGCCAAGCCUGAUAAUGCAUCCAUCUACAUUGCUUUUCUCGUGUUCUUCCUAAAUUCUAGGAUUGUAUGAGGUGUAUCCGUGAAGCUGAGCUAUGUAAUGUGCCACACAAUGUGAAGGAUUCCUAUAUUUCUGUUUUAUAUUAUUUCUUUUGGAAAUACUUGCUCGAGUUUCAUUCAUCUAUUUCAGGCAGAAAAAUGCACUCUAGCAAGGUUACCAGUACAAUGACAACCAUUCCAUCACUAGUCUUACAGCAUGACGACUUGUACUGAAAAAUACACAUUGACAUAGCAAUAUGAGAUUACACUUGAUGUUUUUCUAAUGUCAAUGUUUUAGUAUUGCAAAAAUUAAGGGUUCUCAUCAGUGUUGUUAUGCUUCUAGUGAGGCUUUAUUGAACACACGUACAGGAGACCUUUCCCUGGUGAUUGUAGUCAAGCUUAUUCCUUCCUCCCAAAGCUAGGUAAUUUUUUUGUGUUGCUUAUGCCAGGGGAUGUGUUAUAGGUUUAUAAAUGACUCCCUCAGGGCAGGUCUUGCUCAGGUCAAAUUUCCUUUUUAGACAUGUACAAUAAAGCCAUUUGUACAAAAUGUAUUGUAAGAUCAAAUAAACAUUCUACAUACAUUUAUACAAGAUGUAUUGUAAGAUCAAAUAAACAUUCUACAUACAUUUAUACAAAAUGUAUUGUAAGAUCAAAUAAACAUUCUUUCACUACAGAA